AUGCUGGCGGAAGCCGCCUGUGCUGCUGCGGCGGCAGCAGCAGGAGCAGGAGGAAGCCGUCUAUGCACAUGCCUGUCUGGAGCAGCUUUGCUUCUCCAGCGGCAGCAGCAGCAGCAGCAGCAGCAGCAGCAGCAGCAGCGCCUGCAUCUGCUGCAGCAGCAGAGGGGGUUGAAGUAUAUUCCCUUUCAUGGCCGCAAUAAAAAACCGCGAAAAGUGGCGCCCCCACCUCCCGUGUUUGCUGUUGAUGCUGCGGCAUCUUUAGCUUCUCAAUCUAACCUUAUCUCUGAUGAUCUGGAGCUGCAGCAGCAGCAGCAGCAGCAAAUGCUGCGGCUCUCUCCCUUUCAGGGCAUUCACCUACUGCAGGCGUUCUUACCUCUUAUUCCCACGAGAGCAGCUGAAGAAAAAAGUGCUGCAGCAGCAAACACCAAAGAGCAGCAGCACCACCAGCAGCAGCAACAGCAGCAGGAAGAAGACAGUGCCACAGCAGCAGCUGCUGCUGCAGCCUCAGAUGCUGCAGCAGCAGGAGAAGGAGCCUCAACAGAGACACAGCAGCAAACUGACCCGCUUGUUUAUCUUGUAAUGAAUGUAAAAGCAGAUUUAAGCAGAGAAAGUGUUCGCGGUGUCUGUACACUCAAACACGGCAUUGGUAGUCAAACGAAGCUCGCUGUCUUCUGCCCAGAGGAAGAGGUGAAGCAUUAA